UCCCGCGCCGCGGCCCCCAGCCCCGCGGGCCAGGUGGCCUGCGACCACUGCCUGAAGGCGGCCGCCAUCAAGACGUGCCUCGUGUGCAUGGCCUCCUUCUGCCCCGAGCACCUGCAGCCGCACCUCGACAGCCCCGCCUUCCAGGACCACCCGCUGCAGCCGCCCGUCCAAGACCUGCUGCACCGCAAGUGCCCCCAGCACAACCGGCUGCGCGACUUCUUCUGCCCCGAGCACAGCGAGUGCAUCUGCCACGUCUGCCUGGUGGAGCACAAGACCUGCUCGCCUCUGCCCCUGACCCAGGCCAGCGCUGACCUGGAGGCCAAGCUGAGGCAUAAACUGACGGUCAUGUACGGUCAGAUCAACGGUGCAUCGAGAGCGCUGGAGGAUGUGAGAGCCAGGCAGCAGGAUGUGCGGGAGACUGCGCAGAAGAAGAUAGAACAGCUUAGACAGGAAUACCUGGAAAUGAAGGCCCUCAUCGAUGCCUCUGAGGCCAGCUCCACACGGAAGAUAAGGGAUGAAGAGAAGAGAGUCAGCAGCAAGUUCGACACCAUCUACCAGAUCCUGCUCAAGAAGAAAAACGAGAUCCAGGCCAUGAAGGAGGAGAUUGAAGCUGCGCUGACCAAGGGGGGCGAGUUCGAGUUUCUGGAGAAAGCAGCAAAACUGCAAGCAGUCUCAACGAAGCCAGUCUACGUCCCCAAGGUGGAGCUGAAUCAGGAGCUGAUCAGGGGCGUCUGCCAAGGCACCAUGGACCUCAAGAGCGAGCUGAAGCGGUACCUCAGGCAGUCGCAGGACAAGAAGCUCGAGGAGCUCACCAACUCAGGGGACCCUGCAGAGCAUGUCACGGCGUCCACGUCCAAAGCCACACGCCCUGGGAAGAAGGUCCCGAAAGAAGAAAAGAAACCCAAGAAACUUCCUCCUGUUGUCAUCUCACCCAACAAGCUUCCCGUAUUUGGAGCCCCGGAACAGUUAGUGGAUUUAAAACAAGCUGGCCUGGAGGCUUCAGCCAAACCCACUACUGUGCAGCCAAACUCGGUGUCUCUCAAGGCCAAGGUGCUGGAGACUUUCUUAGCCAAGUCCAGACCUGAGCUCCUGGAGUAUGCAGUUAAGGUCAUCCUGGACUACAACACUGCCUACAGCAAGGUGGCUCUGUCGGAGAACUACACUGUAGCCUCUGUGGCCGACGUUCACCAGAACUACCGGCCACAUCCCCAGAGGUUCACGUACUGUUCUCAGGUGCUGGGCCUGCACUGCUACAAGAAGGGGAUCCACUACUGGGAGGUGGAGCUGCAGAAGAACAACUUCUGUGGGAUGGGCAUCUGCUAUGGCAGCAUGGCGCGGCAGGGCCCCGAGAGCCGGCUGGGCCGCAACAGCGCCUCCUGGUGCGUGGAGUGGUUCAACACCAAGAUCUCCGCCUGGCACAACAAUGUGGAGAAAAUUCUGCCUACCACCAAGGCCACGCGGGUUGGUGUGCUUCUCAACUGUGACCACGGCUUCGUCAUUUUCUUCGCUGUUGCUGGUGAGAAGAUCCACCUGAUGUAUAAGUUCAAGGAGGACUUUACUGAAGCUCUGUACCCAGCCUUCUGGGUGUUCUCUGCUGGUGCCACGCUCUCCAUCUGCUCCACCAAGUAGGCAGGCCACGGACACUCUGGCCGGCCACCCGUGGAGUGCCAGGACUCUAGUGAA